GGUCGGGCAGUAAUAAAUAAACUCGGCCGCGACACUGACCACAACUUGACCAGCGCUCGACUAGCACAGUGGGAAAUUUUAUUGACAGUGUAUAUUCAGUGAAUUAAAUCGACAAUAUGCGAAUUGAAACUCCAACAGUACGUAAGUAUUCAGUAGAAGUUGUGUAGAUGAAGCGUACAUGCCAACAUGGUGUACAUGCCUGUUUGUCCUGUAAGCAGCGCACCACCGGAGCAGAGAGGGGAUCCGCUGUGUUAUCGCCAUUCCAAAGGGAGAAACUCGAGUACUACUUCAAGUUUUUUGAUGUUGAUGGCGAUGGAUAUCUGAUGAAAAAAGACCUCCCUCUGUUGUUCAAGAAAAUCCUUGAGUAUACGGGAUGGGAAGAGCACUCGGCACCUGCCGUGGAACUGUACGAGGUACAUACGACAUUCUUCGAGGUGUUACACGAAAAAACAGAUAUCAAAUCAGAUCUGAUUGGUCUUGAUGCAUGGAUGUCGCUAUGGGAACACAUGAUACCCGGAUGUAUGGGAAUGCAUAAUUUUCCAAUUUGGCUCCGCCUACUUCCGAGGUCAUUGUUCCGAGUCAUGGAUACCAAAGAUGACGGUAAGCUGGACGCCCAGGAGAUCCGUGAAUUCUACGAGUCGUUUGUAAAGAUUCCUACGGAUGAAGCUGGAGCAUUAGCAAACCAAGCUUUCAACGAGAUGACGGACUACGGACGAUAUCCGCUGACCCUGGAGGGAUAUGAACAGAUAUUUGCCAACUUCCUUUUGGGACGGACAAAAUAUGGACCUGGUCGGUACAUCUUCGGCUGCUUUGAACACUCUGUUGCAGAUCAGUCGGAUCUUAUUUCCGGUCCACCAAAAGAGGAUGUCGGGACGCAAGCGACGACAAAAUUCCCACGGAGACAAAGUGACGCAAUCAGAGCUCCUUUACGCUCAUACCGGAAAGAGUAAAACUGAAUUUUGAAAAUACAUGUAAAUUGACCAUUGUACAUAGUUAUUGACUACUUACUGUAGGAGUGAAGAGGUCAGUAUAGGGACACGUUACGAGUCGUGUACGUAACAUAUAGUGGUUGGUAUAUAGGUGGUGUGUAUAGUAGUCCAAGUUACCAUAUUGUCAUCAAUCUGAGUCAAUGUAGAUUUGAUUCGAACAGGAAUGAGCAUAUCUUAUCACCAAAAUUACAUGUUUAUCCUUUUAUUUGACUAUGUCUGUGAAGAACGCGCAGGGAAGAAAGAAGGAGAGAUAAGGAAGAGAGAGAAGGAGAGGGAAAAGAGGGAGAGAGGAUGAAAAGGGGAGAACGAGAGAGGGAGAAAGAGAGAGGGUGGGAUUAUUAUCGCAUAAUCGUCUUUUUAUUUAGAUGUUACAUCCAUGUCAUAUUUUCGUUUGUGAACUUUCAAUUUGCAAGUAGUCCUAUGUCCAGUGUUGGAUUAUGUUAUCAAGUGAAAAAGGCAGAAAUAAUGAAUUCAGAAAUAAUUAUGUAAAUUGCUGUAUACAUAAGUAAAUAAAGUUUGGGGUCAAACAUGUGACGCAUAAUGUGAAACAGAUCUUCUUUUUUUAAAUAUGAAUCUCGUCACCUUUUUUCAUCUUAGCUAAUAGGAAAAUCGUUUAAACCCUAAAUUAAGGUACUAGUUUUAUUAAUCUGAUGUGUAACUCGUGUUAGAUCCUGUAUACAUGUGUAUUCGGUUUUCGGCAAUUUAUUACAUUUCACAUUAUAACGUUUUAUUUCUGUCAUUGAAGUAAUGGUAACUGAUAGUGGGUAUACAAUCACGUCAGCUACAGUGCUAAUGUUCCUUGUUCAUUGUAUGUGACGGUAAAUAAAUGUAUCUUAUCGAACCAAACUACUAUCGGUGAACCAGUUCACAGUGAUAUUGGCAGAAUUUGAAGAUUGAAAUGAUUUAACUGUACGCCAUGUUAAAGCGGCUGUAAAAACUUGGUUUUACGUUAUAGCGACACACGAGUCUAUACUGUAAACAAUGUUCUGUAAAUAAUGAUACACAAAAGGCGAAUGGAGUCACGUGUGUACAAAUGACGAGCGAUAGCAUGCAUUCUUUUAGGGCCGAAUUGUAAUUUUAUAAUUUUGCGGCCCUUUUGAUCACAUAAAACGUCACUGUAUAACUCGUGACCUUGCCUUUUGAAGUUGAACCCCUAGUAAACUUGUUUGUGUCGGAAGGCAUAUUAUGUAGAAUAUCGAAAUAAAAAAGUUUAACAUUUAAA